AGCAAAUCCUGGGGCAGGGGAUUAGGAAGAAGCAGCUCUUGCCUGUCCACGCAGAGACGUGUGCUCAAGUCCUUGGGGUCCCUGGGGGGUGGGCGCCCAGUGCUGGCUGUGUCCCUCACCUCACCGAGGGAAACACCAGUGCCAGGAGGAGGGAGAGGCUGGGACUGAGGGCACCUGCUCCGGCCCCUCCUCUGGGAGGGGUCCAGUGGUUAGGCAGGACACGGUCGGUGUCAGGAUUCCAGUGGGUGGGAGUCCAGCAGGAGAAGGAAGGCAUCCGUGAGGGGCAACUCCAGCCGCGUCCAUUCAUCCAUUAUUUGGGUGCUAACGAGGAAGGGCGUUGGGGCAGGUGAUGGGGACGGGCAGAGCAUGCGUUGGCAUUACCAGCGUCACACCCACGCGGCUUGUGCUACGUGCCAGCCAGCUCCUCCAUAAUUCAGCACACCAUGAUUUAUUCAGCUUUCCUGCUUCCGUGCUGCCUCUGCAGCAGGGGGGUUGUGGGGAGCUGAGGGUGCCAGCCAGGGAGCACAGGGAGCCUCGAUGGGGCAUGGAGGGGGCCAGGCUCGUGCCAGCCCAUGCUCAGAGCCAAGGGGUGCUGAGUGGGAUGGAAAAGCCCUUUCCCAGCUCACGGACCGGGCGGGUCCCAGCACAGCACUGGGCCCUGCAGGGUGUGUGAUGGCUGUGUGGGUGAUGAAGGGGGGCCAGACCUGGGGUGGCAGAGCAGGGCUGGCUGGGAAAAGCAGACCUUGAUCCUCACAGGGCCCAAAACCAUUCCCUGUCCCUCCCAAGGGGUAGAAACUGCUGUCUGUGCAUAACCCUUGGGGUCAGCCCUGUGGAGCUGCUACAUGGGGACCCCCAGUGUCCCCUGCACAUUCAUCAUCACCCUUGGGGACCCAUGUGUCCAGACCCCCCCCUGUCCAUGAGCUGGGACCAGAGGUGGGACACAGAGCCCAACUGCACCAGCCCCCCGGGGCUGAGCAGGGUUGUCGCGGUGAGUGCCCCAACGGGGAGCCCGGUCUUGGGAUGUCCGAGAGAGACCGUGUGCCCGAGGUGGCUCGUGGGUGUGUGGGGAGUGGGCACUCCCGAGCAGCCUCUGACACCCCCCGUCGCCCCCGCCCCGCUCCCGCCCGGCCCCGCCCCCGCCCGGUCCCGGCCCCAGCCCCAGCCCCGGCCCCGCCGCCGGGGGACGCGCCGGGCAGGUGCGAGCGGACGGAGCGACCCUAUAAAUAGGGGAGGGAGAGAGUGCAGCGGCUCCGCUCGGCGCGGCUGGGCACGGCUGGGUGGGCUCGGCACGAUGGAGAUCUGGAGCAGCCCCGCCGCCUACGACGAGUUAAACGGGAACGCGGAGCGCGGCGGCGGCGCCGACCCCAUCGCCCGGGAGCUGGAGGAAGUCCUGUGUGCUGAGCGGGUGGUCAGGAUCACCAAGACCUACCACGACAUCGACGCCGUCACCAACCUGCUGGAUGAGAAGGAGCGGGACCUGGAGCUGGCGGCGCGCAUCGGGCAGUCCCUGCUGAAGCAGAACCGGAGCCUGACUGAGCGCAAUGAGCUGCUGGAGGAGCAGCUGGAGUUGGCCAAGGAGGAGAUUGCGCAGCUGCGCCAUGAGGUCUCCAUGCGGGAUGACCUUCUCCACUUUUACACCACCACGACAGAGGAGAGUGAGCCCACCACCACCACCUCCACACCGCUGCGCCGGCACGAGUCCUCACUGUCCCUGCAGCAGUACUUCCAGUACGACACCUUGCAGCAGAAGCUGAAAUGCCUGGAGGAGGAGAACCAGAAGCUCCGCAUGGAGGCCACCAGCAUCGCCACAGAGACCUGUCAGUAUGAGGACCAGGAGCAGCAGCUGAUGAUCGACUGCGUGGAGCAGUUCUCCGAAGCGAGCCAGCAGGUCGUUCACCUGUCGGAGGAGCUGGCGCACCGGGCGGAGGACGCGGCGCGGCAGCAGGAGGAGAUCACGCAGCUCCUGGCGCAGGUCGCGGACCUGCAGCAGAAGUGCCGCACGUACGGCUCCGAGGUGGAGGAGCUCCAGCAGCACCUGACUGCGGCGAAGGAGGUGCAGCAGCAGCUCCGGAUGGAGCUGCGGGACCUGCAGGAGAAGUACGCGGAGUGCGGCGGGAUGCUGCAGGAAGCGCAGGAGGAGGUGAAGAGCCUGCGGAGCCGCAGCCUGCCCAACAGCACCGUGAGCCGCUACAGCGCGCCCAGUCUGCUGCCCGUGGACUCGCUGGCCGCUGAGAUCAAGGGCAUGAUGAGGAAGAGGACUGACAGCUCCUCCUCGGACUACAAGGGUUAUCUGCGCGUCUUCGAGACGGUGAAGGCAGUGAACCAGGCAGCCAAAGCCAAGUCUUGCUCCGAGUCUCCCCACCACAUGCCAGGCUCCAAGCAGUUGUCAGCCGCCCACUCUGGGGGGGCCAGCACCCCCCACAUCAGCUGCUCCGGCUCGGAGGGUGCCCGCAGGGCCGGGGGGUCCGGCGGGGCCCGCUGGGCAGCCCCGGGCCGGCAGGACCUGGAGGCGGCGGUGCAGCGGCUGUCGGCGCGGCAGCAGAGCCACUCCUCCGAGGAGCGCUCCUUCUUCGAGGCCGAGCGGGAGCGCAAGCUCUGGCGCCUGAGGGACGGGGCGAACUCCAGCGGCUUCCUCACCCCCAACGAGAGCAUCGUCUCCACGGGGACCAGCUACUCAGGGGGCUCGGAGCUCACCGCCGGCUCCACCUUUUCCCUCGGCUCCCUCACAUACCUGCCCGACAAACUGCAGAUCGUGAAGCCACUGGAAGGCUCUGUGACACUCCACCACUGGCAGCAGCUGGCACAACCCAACCUGGGCGGGAUCCUGGUGCCCCGUCCCGGGGUGCUCACCAAAGACUUCAGGCAGCUGGACAUCGACCUGGAGGAGGUGUACAGCCUCAAUGACCUGGAGGAGGAUGAUGUGGACACUGGCUCCUUCCAGCUGCUCCCUACCUCAACACCCGCCAAAGCCAAGGAGCGCCCCAGGGUGUUCCUCUCUGUUAACAACCUCCCCCAGACCCCGUCUACCUUCACCAUCACCACCUGCCACAUCCUCCACCCCACCACUGCGAUCACCACGGUGACACCCAGUCUGUAUCAUGCCGUCGUGCCUUCUUGUGGGCCCUUUGAGGGGCUGAGCCUCAACAACCCCUCGCCAGAGCAGUCUCCCCCCACGCUGGUGCUUGGCCCUGGACCCCCAAGCACCCCCGUAGGACUCUUCAGGCUCUUGCUGGGGCGAGAUUCCCACUCGGCACCAGGGACUGGAUUGUGGCGGGCCCCCUCACUCUGCUCCCAGGACUCCCAGCACGCUGAGCCCCAGCCCUCCCCUGUGCCCCGGGGGCAGGAUGGAUCCCCACCCAGGAGCAGCAUCUUCAGCUGGAACCUGGUGGAGAAGCUGCGGCGCCUGGGGCUGGACAAGGUGGUGGCCAGAGGGGAGAUGUCCCGUGCCCAGGGAGGGCACAGGGGGGCCCGGGGCACCCUGACGUGACACUGCUGCAGAGCCCCCAGGCUCACGGUGAGACACAUCCUCUUCCUUGCCCAUCCACGGGGAAAUGGAGACAGGACAAGCUUCAGCCUCCUCUCCAGGUGCUGCCCAGGACUGGCAGCACUCCCGGCACUUGAGGAGGGCUUUGCCCUGGCUGCAAGGACAGAACCUGGCACUGCUCCCCAUGUGGGGGGGUGCAGGGGGUGCCGACUGACCCUGUCCCUGCUGGGGGUAAUGGACCUUUCACAGGAGCCAGUUUCUGGCAAUAAGAACUGUUCCUGCUUCUGCUGAGCCUGUUCAAGGAGCGAGAGGCAGCUUGGCCCUUCGGGGCUCUCCAGAGCUGCAGCAAAGGGUGAUGCUCAGGUGGGUCCUGGGGGAACCUGUGUGUGCCGGGGAGAUCCCCCCAGCCCAGGCUGGGCCCCUGGCCAGCACCUGGACUGGCUUUUAAAAGGAAUGGUGGUUUAAAUUCUUUCCCACUCACUGAGUAGCAAUAGUAGCAGCACCCGCAGCUCGGGGUGUUUCUUGGGGUGCUGCUGUUGCUCCCACCGGCCACAUCCCUCACCCCGGGCUGUGCCCUGUCCCCUGGCAAAUAAAUGUGAAGUCACA